CGCACAAUGGCCCGACCGCCGCCACUACCGGGGCCUGACCGGGCCUGGCGGAGCCGGAGCGCGGCCCGCCCCGGAGCGCGGGGGCCCCGAGCGCGGUGAAGAUAUUCUUUUGAAGGCUCCUUUGAAAACUGUCAGAACAGAGUGAGCACACUGCUGAUGGGGAAGAGUUCUCAUUAAUAUGGCCCUCCCCCAUUAGCCCUGCCAUGACGGCAUUCUUCACCAGUGUCCCUAACUGGAUUCAAGAUGCAAAGCAGGAGGAGGAGACAGGCUGGAAACUAGUUCCCAGGCCAAGAGGCCGUGAGGCAGAAAGUCAAGUCAAGUGCCAAUGUGAAAUCUCCGGUACCUCCUUCUCAGGUGGGGAGAAGCUGAGAACCCACAGCCUCCCCCACACAGAACAGAGACCGUACAACUGCCCUCAGCUGCACUGUGGCAAGGCCUUUGCAUCCAAGUACAAACUUUAUAGGCAUAUGGCCACUCACUCAGCCCAGAAGCCCCACCAGUGCAUGUAUUGUGAGAAGAUGUUCCAUCGGAAGGACCACUUGCGGAAUCACCUGCAGACCCAUGAUCCCCAUAAGGAGGCCCUCCACUGCCCAGAGUGUGGCAAGAACUAUAACACCAAGCUGGGCUAUCGGCGCCACUUGGCCAUGCACGCUGCCACUAGCGGUGACCUCAGCUGCAAAGUGUGUCUCCAAACCUUUGAAAACACCCAGGUCCUGCUGGAGCACCUGAAGGCUCACUCACGGAGAGCAUCAGGUGGGGCCAAGGAGAAGAAGCAUCCCUGUGACCAUUGCGAUCGGCGUUUCUAUACCAGGAAGGACGUAAGGAGGCACCUGGUGGUACACACGGGACGUAAAGACUUCCUUUGCCAGUACUGUGCGCAGAGGUUUGGGCGUAAGGACCAUCUAACUCGGCACAUGAAGAAGAGCCACUCACAAGAGUUACUGAAAAUUAAGACAGAACCAGUAGACAUGUUGGGACUCCUCAGCUGUAGCUCCUCAGUCACAGUGAAAGAAGAGCUGAGCCCAGUUCUGUGCAUGGCAUCCAGGGACAUGAUAGGGGGUAAGACCUUCCCAGGCAUGUUACCUAUGGGCAUGUAUAGCACCCACCUCCCAGCCAUGCCGAGUUCAGGGAUGCCCCACUCUUUGGUUCACAAUUCCCUGCCAAUGGGAAUGAGUUAUCCUCUGGAAUCUUCCUCACCCAUCUCCUCUCCACCACAACUUCCCCCCAAAUACCAGCUUGGAUCUACCUCAUACUUGCCGGAGAAACUACCCAAAGCAGAGGUGGAAAGCUUUCUGUCGGAGCUUCCCGGAAGCCUGUCUCUCCCAUCCAGUGAGCCCCAGUCCUCCUCACCUCAGCCAGCCCUUUUGGAUGAAGCCCUGCUUUCCAAGAGCCCUGCCAACCUCUCCGAGGCGCUUUGUGCUGCUAACAUGGACUUUUCUCACCUCCUGGGCUUCCUCCCCCUGAAUCUUCCUCCAUGCAACCCACCUGGGACCACAGGAGGAUUGGUGAUGGGUUACUCACAGGCAGAAACCCAACCACUGCUUACCACUUUGCAGUCUCAGCCUCAAGAUUCUCCAGGACCUGGGGGUCCCCUGAACUUUGGGCCCUUACAUUCAUUACCCCCAGUUUUCACCUCUGGCUUGAGCACCACCACUCUGCCACGUUUUCACCAGGCGUUCCAGUAGGCUGAAGGAGGUACCAGGCUUGGCCCUCAGGUCAUAAAUCCCAACUCUUAUUUCCUCCUUCUGUUCCUGUGAAGGCUGCUGAGCUUUCAAAGCUGGGUUCAAGAUGAAAGGAUUCCAGUGUCUGUAUGGAGCACUUGGGUUCAACCUCCCAGAGCAGCCUUGAGGUUGCUUGAACCCUAACCCGUGAAAAGAUUUCAUACAAUAGGACUUCAGGUAUUUUUUGUUUGUUUGUUUUCAAUCUGAAUCGGGAGCCACACUUAGCACUCUCCCUCCCUAAGGCUUGAGAGCUUCAUUCUUCUCUCUGGGGAGAGGGGCUCCUUGGAGAAGCAGGAACAGUGAGGUUUCACCUUGGAUUGUCUCAAGAAAAGCAGCUGGAGAGACCCACCUUCCAGUCCACAAUUGCAGACCCUGUAGCAGUCCCUGCUGAUGGAGAAGGGUCUUCGAGAGAUCAGUUCCAGUAACCUGCCUUGGACCGAGUGGGCAGGAGAAAGGGCCUCCUUGUUCCCUUCCCCCACUGCCCCAUCCCUCUUUACCGCUACUCUACUCUGUAUCAGUGUUGCCAGCAGUGAUACCGUUUACACAGUUGAUUCAGACACAUUUCACUUCCCCUUGCAGAGCCGUUAGAGUAGACUUAUUCCAGUGAGCAUUGUUUACACACCAUGAAUCCAUUCCCACCAGUACAAUCCAGUUGACACCAGCAUGAACCUUUUGGGUACCUGGUGUUAACUGGAGCCCUGUUUACAUGAUGGAGUCAGGUUUCACUGACUUCUCUUCACUUGAGGUCACAUUUUUCCCCCAUGGGGAAAUAAACUGACUUUGGACUACUUCAGUUUCUGCCGUCCUCUGUGGCUCUCUUAGCUCACGUUACCCCAUGAGGCAGGCAAGGAGAAUGGAGCAGUUUUUAAGAGGUCUGGAUCACUUCUGCUCAAGUACACGUUGGUCUCCUUUUGAAUUGGAGAUGGAAACAGGUUAAAAGGCAAGACCUGGGGCCUCCCACCCUUCCAUCUAUCUUGCGCUACGCCUAGAUAUAGGAAGGCAUCUGGACUCCAUUGUUUAUUUAAGGUGGCGAAGGAGAGGGUAUGAGCGCCUCAUUUGUUCUCUCCAGCCCCAUUCCCCUUCCAGGAAGCUGUGGAUUUACUGGAAGGGUAGUAUUCAGGAAGUUAGGAUUAGAAAGUCCCAGAUUGAUUUAUCAUUGAGAAGUAACUAUAUAUGAAUUGUUCCCUCCAACACUAAAUUCCUCUGAUCAUUAUACCCACCUUCACCCCUCUAUUCACAGUGACUGAUAUAUCUAGGGUCCUUGGUAUGCAGGCUUUUCUCAGCAAAAGGCCCCUGGUCUUGCUUUCUUCUCUACUCUCAUUUUCCCAUCCUUGGUUUUAUAUGGUAGUACCAAGGAAAGUAUCUGUCACCCAGUGUCUGAUCCCUGUCAGCUUUCAGCCUCACAUCCCCAUCCAUCAGUGCUUGUGUUUUAAGUAAAUCUGGUCCAUCUUCCCUCACCUCCCUCCUGGCUUCUUCCCUUUUGUGUUUGUGACCCAAUAUGUGCUCCCACCAGCCUGCAGGCAGGAGUCCCAGGGCCAACAUUGCUGGCACCCAUCCAGAUGUCUCUACCAACCCAGGAAACACACAUCUACCUCUUCCACUAUUAACUCCACAAGCGCAUCCAGUGGCCAGUCCCCUAGGGUUUCUCAUUUUGAGCGAUUCCCUCACCUGACGUCUCACUCUGGCUUCAUCAUUCAGUUUUUAAGACAAACUACUAAGGUGAUUCUGCCUCAGUUGCUUAAACCUAGUCUACCUUCCAUGGUCUUUUGAUUCCCUACUAGGAAUUAUCUCAGAAUUGCCAUUUAGGAGAAGAGCAGAUAAGUGAUGCUAGGCACUUGCUCUGGCUUCUGGCAUACCAGUUGUUUGAGGUGAAGGUGUUAAAACACAUUGAUGCCCUUAAUUGUGAAGGGAUGAGAAUCAAAUGAGCAUGUUUAAAAAAAUAAAAUUAACCAGGGUAGUUUGGGAUACUGUUUUCAGAUGUAGAAAUGUCUAGUCCACCUUAGGUUUGGGCUAGGUGGUUUGCUUUCAAGAAUCAGAUAUAAGUGAAUUCCGUGGACUAAUUAUGUUUUCUAAAGAAAGGUGUUGGCCUUGUCCACAUGGCCAGUUGCUGUUCAUUUCAUCUAAGACUUAUAUUAUGGGAAAUGGUAAAGGAGGGGCCAGUGGGGCUCAUCGCUACCAUUGAUGACUUUAUACUCAUCUGUUGUAUUUUGUCUUCACCACUGUACCCCCAUCCCCCUCCCUGCGGUCACUGCACACUUGACCAGCAGAGGUCAUGGGACCUCUGACUGUAAAAUACAAAUUUCCCUUAAUCCCAAGCAGGCGGAGGACUUGGAUGUGGGUGUUUAUUCAUCUCUAUCCUCCCCUUUCGUGUGUCCCCUAGCUCCUCACUCCCCUCCAGCUUUCCACUUGCUUUCUCUGGCUGAAGUGAUAUAAAUGUAAAAGGGCUCCCAGAAACCUCAUGUGAUAAGCAAGGCAACUACUUAACCCUGAAACUGGUACCUCAUUUCACCCUCCCCAAGUCCUGUGACCCCACACCUACCUCUCCAAAUAUCCUCACAAACCACCAUGAAAUUACUAUUUCAAGGUCAGUUUUCCAGUAUGCCCUGUGCUGAGGAAACAUUGGCAGCUCCUUUUGGCCAAUAGCCACCUGAUCAUUCCUUUUUGGGUCCAAAUUAGGGAAGUGAAGUCACCCCAUUUUUUAAAGGCUGAAAGUGCAGUUAUUUUAAAGAUACAAGUAGCUUAACUCUGCCUUUGCCCUGAAUUCAGCACCCAGACUUAAGAUUUUUGUCGAAAAGUGCUGCAAAAACUCAGACACCUUGACCUAGGUGCAGCAUUGACCAAAAGAUAGCCAAGAUUUUGUGCAGUCAAGGUAAUGAGUAUCAGGAAUAUGAAUGGCGGAGGAAACUAGUCCCAGUAUACUUUUUCUGCCUCUACCCCAUUCCCAAAUACUUUCCCACUCUAACAAUGGCAGCUUUUGACUGACCUGGUUUUGCCUCCCUUGCACAGCAGAGCUAGCCAUUCUGUUCCCACCUGGACCCUCCAUUAGUCUGGCUUCUGUGCAACCUGCUGUUCCCUGUUCCUGGUGGUGGUGGGGGUGGAUCUGGCAUGAGCUGAGCCCCUGAGCCCCUACAGCUGCAGGAGGUGGAGAGGCCCUUUGGUGAACUUUUUCAGCCUUUGACUAAUGGCAUUUUGUUAAAAGUGGAAAUCUGCAGAGCAGGUUUGAUUACUUAUGCUCGUAGAUAUUGCCCUAAGUUUAUGAAAUCCCCCUCACUCCCAAUCUUUCCUUAGUGCCUCAUUAAAAUCCCUUUCCCUAUUUUUUUGGUAGUUUUUCCCCAUAUCUAGGAGCUGUUUUUAGCACGAUUUUUUUUUUUGGUAACAGUUUAUAUUGUACAGGAUCAAUACUUUGCUUUUUAACAAGGAUAUUUAUGUGAUAAGAAACUUUGCCUUAGGCAGGUGGUGACCAGAGAAGUCCAGAGUCUCUGCAGCCCCCACCCCGGCCUCCUGAAACUAGUUGAGCUCUGAACCUGCUGUGGGAGGAACACUGCCAGUGACCUUCACAGCUGGAGGGUGGUAUUCUCCAAGAGGAGUAAGCAGGGAGGGUCUUCAGAUGCCCAGAAGAAGUUUUUUCAAGGGACUGGGGCAGGGGGAAAAAGUGGGGUUUAACAGUGGAGUUUUACAGGCAGCAAAGCUUCCUCAGCAGGCUGUCCCUGGUAAUCUGGAUGUUUGGCACCCUCUCCACCUCUAGCACACCCGCUCCUCAAACUCCCCUUUCUAAGCCCUAUCCCUCGGCUGUUAAGGCCAUAGAGCUGCCCUUUUGUAAGGCCGGAGUAUUUAAAGAGAAAAAAAAGGAAAAAAAAACAAAACAAAAACUUUCUAGCACUUUGUAUACACAGUGAAUAACCUCUUUUUAUUGGAGUAUUUUUGGCUUUAUAUAAAACAAGGUUUUUAAUUGUAAAAUAUUAAGUGCCAUUAGAAAAUGCACAGGGCGUAUCUGUUAAAUUAGAUUUUUCAAUGUUUUACAGAAUUACAUUUUCAAGAAGAAAGUUUUUAUAAUGAAGUUGUUUAUUAAAAACCUUUGAAUGAUGUGUUUGGAUGUUUUGAGUCUCUGAUU